AUGUUGUUCAGGUUUUGUCCCUCAUCUGUUAUAAUUGUAUUUUGUUGUCUGGUGAACGAAAUUCUUGUUUCCACUGAGAUCUGGCCUGAUCCAGUUGAUGAUGGCCGAGAGAAGUAUCCAAAACCAACUACCUGGGCAAACAAACAUUACGGGCAAUGGUGUCGGAAUCGAACUAUAAGCAAGUAUAUUCAAUGUCCGAUGGGCUCAGCACUUCAUUAUUAUUCCUGUUGCGGUGAGACGGAUACCGAAUGUUGUUUCCGACUACAGCCUACCGUUGUUGCUUAUUUACUUUCUAUACAAUGUUUCCUCCGAUAUUCAAACAGUAUCAUCCGGUUAUGA